UUCCAUGUCCGAACCAGACUGGUGGGAGAGGGAGAGGGAGAGGGAGAGAGGGUAAAUAGGAAAUAUAGAUGCGAGAUUAAGGGGAAGGGAGAGGGAACCAUAAUGAUGAUGGGAGAAGGGAGCCAUUACAAUCCAACGGUUCACGUUCCGCCGUGGACCCCCUUCGACGAUCCGACAGCGGGUGGCGCGUACAACCUCCCCGUGAGCGGGGUCACCGGCGACAGCGGGCACUGCUCCCCGUACGCGCUGGGCGAGGCGGCGUUGGCCGCGUUGCAGCGCUACCUCCCCUGCAACGAGUCUUACGCAGCGGGGGAGGAUUCCGACGAGUCGGACCUGGCGGACGCACCGGUUGACGCCUACUCGUGCGACGAGUUCCGGAUGUACGAGUUCAAGGUGCGGCGGUGCGCAAGGGGGCGUUCCCACGACUGGACUGAAUGCCCCUACGCCCACCCGGGCGAGAAGGCUCGCCGGAGGGAUCCACGGAAGUACCAUUACUCCGGUACCGCCUGCCCGGACUUUCGGAAGGGCAACUGCAAGCGGGGCGACGCCUGCGAGUUCGCGCAUGGGGUGUUCGAGUGCUGGCUCCAUCCGUCCCGCUAUCGGACCCAGCCGUGCAAAGAUGGCACCGCCUGCCGUCGCCGCGUCUGCUUCUUCGCUCACACGCCCGAGCAGCUCCGCGUGCUUCCGGAGCAGCAGCAACAGCAGCAGCAGCAGCAGCAACAACAGCUAAGUCCGAGGACUGCAGCCGCGGACUCCUACGAUGGUUCUCCGCUUCGUCACCAGCAUACCCUGGAGUCUUACGUUUCCAAGAAUCUGAUAUCGUCGUCUCCAACCUCGACGCUGAUCUCGCCGCCGAUAUCUCCGCCCUCGGACUCGCCCCCGAUGUCUCCGAGCGGUGGCCCGGCGGUGCGGCGGUCGUCGUGGCCGGUGAACGAGGUGCUGGCGUCGUUGAGGCAGUUGCAGCUGAGCAAGGUGAGGUCCACGCCGAGUUCCUGGGGGUAUGGAAUGGGUGGCGGAUCUGGAUUUGGUUCACCGAGGGGUGGGACGGGUUUGAGGGUGGGGUUCUGUAGCUUGCCAUCGACGCCGACGAGGACGUCAGCGGUCAGUGGGGGCGCCGUGUGGCUGGAGGGGCCGGAAGGAGGCUCGCUCGAGGGAGAAGAGCCGGUGGAGAGGGUGGAGUCUGGGAGGCCGCUGAGGGCGAAGAUGUUCGAGAGGCUUAGUAAGGACAGCGUUCUGGAGAGACCGGAUGUCGCCACGUCAGCGGCUCCGGCGCCGGACGUUGGUUGGGUUUCCGAGUUGGUGAAGUAGUGGGUAGUUCUGGGUAGCGGGAAAAAAAGAACUUGAGGGAAAGGAGGGAGUUUAUAUUUUGGGUUCGGUCGCCCUUUUUUUUUUUUAAUGAUUAUUGUGAAUAUUUGAGUUUAAAACACUGGAAGAAGGUGUUAUUCUGUAAAUAUGAUGGGUGGGGAUGGCAAGAGAGGUUCCGUUUUGGGGCUCAUGGUGGUGUAGGAAGAGGGAUCAAGAAGAUUGAAGAAGUUACUGACGAUGAUGGCUUUCUGGCUUUCAUUUGUACAGGGAAGCUGCCGAAGAUGGGUAGUUGGCAAUCAUGUUAUUUUGAUUUAUUCCAAGCACAUCCAUGGUUUAUCUCUCCUUCAAAUCUCCAUUUUGGAUAUUUCGUGUCUAUCCAAAGUUUCUGAUUCCGCUGUGAACUUGUAUUUAUGUUCAUAUCUCAUGUUACUCCGAAUAUUAUUGUAAUAUAUAUCUUUCUGCUGUCUAUCCGAACUUUAGUAGAU